AGCAAGAGAAUGACGCGGGUCCUGGCUCUCCUGCUCAUGGUAACAUGUGUGCAUGCUCUAGAGAGAGGCAGAGAUUAUGAAAAGGAUAAAGUCUGCAAGGAACUGAGCAUUCUGGGAAAAGAUGACUUCAGAUCUUUAUCAAUGGUUCUAUAUAGCAGAAAAUUUCCCGGCGGCACAUUUGAACAGGUCCAACAACUUGUGAAUGAAGUUGUCUCCUUGACAGAAGACUGCUGCGCCGAAGGGGCUGAUCCUGACUGCUACGACACUAGGACCUCAGCCUUGUCUGCUAGGUCCUGUGAAAGUGACGCUCCAUUCCCAGUGCACCCGGGGACGGCUGAAUGUUGUACCAGAGAGGGCCUUGAACAGAAACUCUGCAUGGCUGCCCUGAAGCACCAGCCAGAAGAAUUUCCUACCUAUGUAGAGCCAACAAAUGACGAAAUCUGCGAGGCAUUCAGGAAAGAUCCCAAGGGAUUUGCUGAGCAAUUUAUGUAUGAAUAUUCCAAGAACUAUGGACAAGCCCCUCUGCUGCUUUUGGGUGGUUACAUCAAGAGUUAUCUCUCAAUGGUGGGGUCCUGCUGUACCUCCCCAAAUCCAACUGUCUGCUUUCUGAAAGAGAGACUCCAGAUUAAACAUUUAUCACUUCUCACCACAAUGUCAAAUCGACUCUGUUCACAACAUGUUGCUUAUGGGAAGGAGAAAUCAAGGCUCAGCCAUCUCAUAAAAUUAGCACAAAAAGUCCCAACUGCUGAUUUGAAGGAUGUUUUGCCACUAGCAGAAGAUGCUACCGCAAUUCUUUCCAAGUGUUGUGAGUCUACCACUGAGGGAUGCAUGGCCAAGGAGCUACCUGAACACACAGUAAAAAUCUGUGACAACUUGUCCACAAAGGACUCUAAAUUUAAGGACUGCUGUCAAGAAAAAACACCAAUGGACGUUUUUGUGUGCAUUUACUUCAUGCCUGAGGCCCAACCACCUGAGCUGCCAGAAGUUGAGUUGCCCACAAAUAAAGAUGUUUGUAGUAAACACAGCACCAAAGUCAUGGACCAAUAUGCAUUUGAACUAAGUAGAAGGACUCAUGUUCCAGAAGUAUUCCUCAGUAAGAUACUUGUGCCAACCCUGAAAAGCCUUAGCGAAUGCUGCCAAUCUGAAGACACUACUGCCUGCUUUAAUGCUAAGGGCCCUGAACUGAAGACAGAAUUAUCUUCUUUCAUUGAAAAGGGACAAGAACUAUGUGCAGAUUAUUCAGAAAACACGUUUACUGAAUACAAGAAAAAACUCGCAGAGCGAUUAAGAGCAAAAUUGCCUGAUGCCACAGAUACAGAACUAGAAGAGCUGGUUGACAAGCGCUCAGACUUUGCUACCAAGUGCUGUUCCAUCAACUCACCUCCUCUCUACUGUGAUUCAGAGCUUGGCAAUCAAUUAACAUUCCUUGUGUUGGCUACUGCUACAGAAUCAGAUUACAUGGAAGAUACUUUAAGUUCCAGAAUCACUCUUAGUACAGGAAAAACAACCAAACUGAGGCACACUGGGAACGACCGGCACCCGGAUAGACUAGAGGAACGUGCGUACCCAAGGAACCACACCUCGUCCUUACAGGGCUCACACUGCUACUUGAGAUGCCAGAAUUCCAGCCCUAGCACAGGCCUCCUCUCUAGGCAGCCCACAUUUGAUUGGGCCAGGGAGCAGGUGUUUGUGGAGAACGCCGGCAGAGUUCAGUCAGCAAGCCUGCACGUGCGCAUGCGCGAGAUCACAGCAUGGCCCCAGGUGAGGCUGUCAAGAGUUCAGAGGAAUCUAAAAAUGUUAAACUUAAACCUGGAUUUUUGGUUUGUUGUUGUGAAGUGUCACCACACAGACAAAAUGGGAGUCAUGGAGCAAGCUGCAGGAUGCAGAAUGCAGAAUGCUGCCGAAGAGCAAGAUCCUGGCAUUUUAAUUGACAGAAUAAUCAUACAGCAUCAGCUGUGA